ACAAUUCAGUAACUCAAUUAAUUAAUUGAUUCAGCUAACGCAAUUCAUUUUCCUGAAGAAAUAAUUUGUUUACACUCUUCGGAUAUAUAGGUCGGUAAAUCUCAUAUCUUCACGUCAACUAGCUAUCCAUUAAUCAUAUCACACAAUGUUGAGAAGAACUGCCAUCGCUAGAACAUCUGCUCUCCGUUCAUUAGCCACUUAUUCUACUCCAGAAUCCGUCUUACCAAAGAAAUACGGUGGUAGAUAUACCGUCACCUUAAUUCCUGGUGAUGGUAUUGGUAAAGAAAUCACUGACUCAGUCAAAACCAUCUUCAAAUCUCAAAAUGUUCCAAUUGAUUGGGAAACUGUUGAUGUUAGUGGUGUUGAUGAAACUGGUCAUGGUGUUGCUGAAGCUGUUGAAUCUUUAAAGAGAAACAAGGUUGGUUUAAAGGGUAUCCUUUUCACUCCAACUGGUUCCAGUGGUAAAUCUUUAAAUGUUGCAUUAAGAAAAGAAUUAGAUAUUUAUGCUUCUUUAGUAUUAAUUAAAAAUAUUCCAGGUGUUAAAUCAAGAUUAGAUGGAAUUGAUUUUGCUUUAGUUAGAGAAAACACUGAAGGUGAAUAUUCCGGUUUAGAACAUCAAUCUUAUCCUGGUGUUGUUGAAUCUUUAAAGAUUAUGACUAGAUUUAAAUCAGAAAGAAUUGCUAAAUUCGCCUUUGAUUUUGCUAAGAAGAACAAUAGAAAAUUAGUCACUGCUAUCCAUAAAGCUAAUAUUAUGAAAUUAGGUGAUGGUUUAUUCAGACAAACUGUUAAGGAUGUUGGUCAAUCUUACAGUGGUAUUGAAGUUAAUGAUUUAAUUGUUGAUAACGCUUCUAUGCAAGCCGUUGCUAAACCUCAACAAUUCGAUGUUUUAGUUACUCCAAACUUAUACGGUUCUAUUUUAUCUAAUAUUGGUGCUGCUUUAAUCGGUGGUCCAGGUUUAGUUCCAGGUGCCAAUUUCGGUAGAGAAUAUGCUGUUUUCGAACCAGGUUGUAGACAUGUUGGUUUAGAUAUUAAAGGUCAAAACACUGCUAACCCAACUGCUAUGAUCUUAUCUUCUGCCAUGUUAUUAAGACAUUUAGGAUUAAACGAAUUUGCUGAUAAGAUUUCUGAUGCUACUUACGCAACUAUUGCUGAAGGUAAAGUUAGAACUAAAGAUAUUGGUGGUACUUCUUCUACUACUGAAUUCACUGAUGCUAUUGUUGAAAAAUUAAACGCUUAAAUCUUAAUUUAAUUAAUAACUACUAUAGCAUUAUCUCAUCUACGUCACCUACCUCUUUUUAUUCCUAUUUACUAUUAUUACAUUUAAAUGUUUACAAGAUAAUAUAAGUACAUACAUACAUAUAUACAUAUAUGCAUACAGUGAAAUUGGUAAUAGUAAUAGUACCAGCCGCACGUUGUAGACAUACAAAUUCUCACAUAACUUUGUGAUUGCAGACUCAAACUGUGUGGACCUAUAAAGACUAAAUAUCAUAGUUUCUUAAGCUACACAAUAUAGUGAUCUAUAUAUAUACUGAAGUAACUAGCAAGCUAUAUUUAGUGAUCUAUAUGUAUUGUUAGUGACAUA